AUGGAUACACUGAAUACGUGCUUGUUUGGCAGAGAAGCAUUCCAGAUUCCCGAUUCCCCUCCCGUCCGCGAGACUGUCUUAGUCAUGUGUUUCAUACGCCUGAAAAGGGAAGCCGAACUGAGACGUCUUCAGGUAUGUGACUUUAGGUGCCUCAAAACCACAGAUUCUACGGGCUGUUGCCGGCGAAUCCGUAGCGGGGAAAUUAGAAAGCCAUUGUUCGGUUGUGCAGCAGGGGAUUCAGUCGAAGAAUUUGUGCAGCACCAGAAGUUGCGUUGGCUAGGCCAUGUGUUGUGCAUGUCGAAAAGAAUGUUGUUUUCGAGGCCUCACUGA